CGACAACAAACAAACCAAUCAACAUGUUCACCAAAUGCGUACUCUUCUUUGGAGUGGUGGCGGCAGCGUCGGCUAUUGCUGUCCCGUUCGUCCCCGUUGCCAAGGUCGCCUACGCUGAACAAGAAGCUCCCGCUCACUACGAAUUCCAGUACUCCGUGCACGAUGAGCAAAGCGGCGAUGUGAAACAGCAGCAGGAGUCCCGCGCCGGAGACGCCGUGCACGGCUCCUACUCUCUUGUGCAGCCCGACGGUGUGCACCGCAUCGUAGAGUACACCGCUGACAAGGAGCACGGAUUCAACGCCAAUGUGCGUUAUGAAGGACAACCCAUUGCCGCUCCUGCUCCAGCCAAGAUUGCGUACGCCGCUCCCGCUAAAAUCGCGUACGCCGCUCCCAUCGCCAAGGUAGCCUACUCUGCUCCCGUUGCCUACGCUGCUCCCGUCGUCAAGGCUUACUCAGCCCCCUUGGCCUAUACUGCCCCCGUUACAAAGGUCGCCUAUGCCGCUCCAGUCGCCAAAUUCGCCUAUGCAGCUCCCGUCGCAAAAGUACAUUACGCACCAGCUCCAGUUGCUAAGGUGGCAUACGAAGGUUCUCUCGGCCACGUGACCUUCUCCUCACCUGCCGUCUCCUACAGCCACUAGAUGUAAAAUUAUUGUUAAACAUAUUUAUUCUGUUAAAUACAAAAGCUUAAGUCA